CCUUGAAAUUGGCGCUUAAUAAUGCAACAAAAUCACAAGAAUCCCAAAAGAUUAAGACCAAGAUGAGCUUCUACUCAAUAACUCAUCUUCUCCCACUCCCACCUCCUCAACCUCAACUCUCACUCUCCACCACCACCUCUCCCAACCCCACCUCUGCCACCACCACCACCGCAAUUUCCACCGAAAAUUCGAAACCCAGUGUUCUAACCAAUAUAGUGGCACUCUCUCUUUCUCUCUCCUUCACUCUUUGUUCUCCAUUACCCUCUUUAGCUCUUCCUUCAUUGAGUUCUAAAUCAUCCCCUUUUCCUUCUCCUACCACUCCCUUUUCUCAGUCCAAAAACUUGCCUAUUGGGUUGGAAAAUGGAAAAAUAAGAGGUUGCCCUUCCAUUAAUCCUGGGUGUGUUACUACCAACCCCAAAUCUUCCAAUUUUGAGUUUCCAUGGCAGAUUCCCUUGGAUUCUACAGAAAAUGCUGUUCAGAAAUUGCAAGAAGCAAUAUUGAGUACACAGAAAAAUGCUGAAAUACGAGUUGUGGAAGACACACCUAAUGGACAAUACCUUCGAGCUGUUGUUGAUGGAGGAUUUGGGCGAGAUGUGAUGGAGUUCCUGGUGAAAGGAGAUGUUGUAGCCUAUCGCUGUAUGGCCACCAAGGUAACGUACAUCUACCCCUUUACCACAGCUUUUGGGGACUCAAAAGGUCAGCAAGAGAGAAUGAAUAAAAUUGUAGAACAGUUAGGUUGGUAUGUUCCCAAUUUGGACUUGAUGGAUUGAAUUCACUGAUCUACUGAAUUUGUCAAAAGAAACAUGCUGAUUGAUUUCAACAUUGAUCCAGCUUCAGCAAAUGUCAUUCUAGUCACUCAUAGUUUACAUAAUUUCUCUGGUUAUAUGUAAUUUUUCAUUUUUACCAGGGAUAGUUGUAAAUCGUGCGAGAUACUAAAAAGUUUAACCUGAUUUCUGUGCAUUGUUUCUCUACCAACCCUUUUGUAUCAUACAACGAAAAAUUAUUUACAUAUUAGUGGAAUCAUACUGGGUAAUUUAAUUGGAUUCUGUUCCAAUUGUGUUGAUUUUGUACAAAUAAUGAUUUGACGCGAAUAUAGUGCCUUCAACUCUCGUUCUAGAUCCUUAGAGCUGUUAAUCUGUGAUCAUUUGGAGAAUGUUAACUUAAUAUUUUGGCCC